AUGUCUUAUUUUCUACGCUUACUUUGUUUUGACAUCGUCAACCUUCUCAUCAUCAUCAUCAUCAUCAUCAUCAUCAUCAUCAUCAUCAUCAUCAUCAUCAUCAUCAUCAUCAUCAUCAUCAUCAUCAUCAUCAUCAUCAUCAUCAUCAUCAUCAUCAUCAUCAUCAUCAUCAUCAUCAUCAUCAUCAUCAUCAUCAUCAUCAUCAUCAUCAUCAUCAUCAUCAUCAUCAUCAUCAUCAUCAUCAUCAUCAUCAUCAUCAUCAUCAUCAUCAUCAUCAUCAUCAUCAUCAUCAUCAUCAUCAUCAUCAUCAUCAUCAUCAUCAUCAUCAUCAUCAUCAUCAUCAUCAUCAUCAUCAUCAUCAUCAUCAUCAUCAUCAUCAUCAUCACAUCAUCAUCAUCAUCAUCAUCAUCAUCAUCAUCAUCAUCAUCAUCAUCAUCAUCAUCAUCAUCAUCAUCAUCAUCAUCAUCAUCAUCAUCAUCAUCAUCAUCAUCAUCAUCAUCAUCAUCAUCAUCAUCAUCAUCAUCAUCAUCAUCAUCAUCAUCAUCAUCAUCAUCAUCAUCAUCAUCAUCAUCAUCAUCAUCAUCAUCAUCAUCAUCAUCAUCAUCAUCAUCAUCAUCAUCAUCAUCAUCAUCAUCAUCAUCAUCAUCAUCAUCAUCAUCAUCAUCAUCAUCAUCAUCAUCAUCAUCAUCAUCAUCAUCAUCAUCAUCAUCAUCAUCAUCAUCAUCAUCAUCAUCAUCAUCAUCAUCAUCAUCAUCAUCAUCAUCAUCAUCAUCAUCAUCAUCAUCAUCAUCAUCAUCAUCAUCAUCAUCAUCAUCAUCAUCAUCAUCAUCAUCAUCAUCAUCAUCAUCAUCAUCAUCAUCAUCAUCAUCAUCAUCAUCAUCACAUCAUCAUCAUCAUCAUCAUCAUCAUCAUCAUCAUCAUCAUCAUCAUCAUCAUCAUCAUCAUCAUCAUUAA